GGCUGUGGCGUCUUGUUCUAAAUCUAUAUUUUAAAAUACAAAAUUAGCAUUUCUUACAGUUAAAAAAAACACAAUGGAUCGAGCGGAGCACCACCAAGUAGCGGAAGUAGAUGGCCAGCGCAACGCUUUGAAUUAUCAAUUUUCACCGGAAGAGCUGAAAGUUCUUCAGGAAUGCAACCGGGAGGCAUUUUAUCAGCGGUCGAUUCCGUUCGGAACCGUUUGCGGUCUCAGCACCUGGUAUGCCGUUCAGAAAGGUUUCCUUAAGCCCAGUGCCCGUUUCGGAGCCGGUCCGAAAAUGUUUGUUGGAAUAACCAUCGGUUACUUUAUCGGGAAAAUCAGCUAUCAGAAUAUAUGUGCCGACAAAAUUAUGCGUCUCCCCAAUUCACGUCUUGCGGAAAUCAUUCGUCAACGAAGGCAAGGAGGAGGCAGCGUUGAAAGAUAUUUGCCUGAUCAAGGACUUGGAGCGGGAAGUAUGCUGUCUCCGUUUGGUCCAACUUCACCGAGUGAUAGCUAUACCGAGAGGCAAAUGCAUCGCUCGGAUUCGUUGAACCUCGACAUUCAUGUUCCCCAAUACUCUGGCUUGGAUGAUAGUGCUCGACCUACCGUAGAUUCUAACAAUACUUUCGAGGAGGAACUUCAACUGCCACCGGGUCCAGCAGUGACAAAAACUUACGAAGAAUUGCGACGGCAGAACCGUGAAGAGUACCUCAAGCGACAGCAAGCUCCGUAUCGGUCACCGAUUUUGGACGACCAGCCACCGAUUAGACGCGAACCGGAACGGCCGAAGCAGGACGAGCCGCCGCAACAGCCGCAGGUGAAAAAUAAGUACGGCGAUGCUUGGUCCCAAUAAAAAGGUGCGAGUGAAAAAGGGUCAAAAGCAAUUGGUUGGCUGUCGGCAUUUGUAGGAUUUGGAAGUAUAACUUUUGAUGACCUUUCAGCAAUAAAAAAAAAUAGUAUCCUUAACAUGCUUCAAAAAGGCGAAAGAACCAUCAGUUUUUGGGUCAUCUACAAGAUUGAACAAUAGUAAAAGUAGCAUGAAAAAAUUAUAUGUACUAAAAU